CUCAGACCAACUCUGACCAAUCAGAGCUGACGUAUCGUGUAAAAAUGGCGACUGAAUUGACCCUUUUCUCUGGAUGACGUCAUGAGUCCAGUUCUGAUGACGUCUGAACUGGACUGGACCACAACAGUGGCUGUUCCCUGUCAUGUCUUCCACCUGGAACAAGAGGAGUACGUUCGGGAGGAGCUGGCCUGGAAGCGGAUCGAGUUCAGCGACAAUCAGCUGUGCAUCAGCCUGAUGGAGGGUCAGCUGGGCGUGUUCGACCUGCUGGACGAGGAGUGCCGGAUGCCCAAAGGUUCUGAUGCCAGCUGGGUCCAGAAGCUGUACGACCAACACCUGAGCAGCAAGCCACACCCCCACUUCAGGAAGCCUCGCACCUCCAACAGCGCCUUCAUCGUCAUGCACUUCGCUGACACGGUGAGGUACGAGUGUCAGGGCUUUUUGGAGAAGAACCGGGACACCGUCUUUGAUGAGCUCAUCAACGUUCUCAAAGCCAGUCAGGUGAGCCGAGCUCCUCCCCUUCUCUGCCUGUCUGUGUGUGAAGCUCCUCCCCUUCCUACCUGUCUGUGUGUGAAGCUCCGCCCCUUCCUGCCUGUCUCUGCAUGA